AGCAGUGUACUUCGUCUUUCCUCAUCGCCCCCUCACUGACAUAAAACAGCUUUGGGUGAUAAAAUAUUAUUCUUGUGAACAUCGUCUUUGGCUUUCGGUGGGACUUCCGGCUUCAACAAAAUAAAAAAACUCAACUAUAUCCCUUUCUUCCCAGAAGCAACAGUGAAGGGUAAUAUAGCUUCUGUGUUAACGUUUUGGUCGAAGUUAAAGUUUUUUCUUGUUUUACAUUUCUUUUAAUCCCAAAGUUUUUUCACUGUAACCAUGAUGACUGUAAUCGAAAAUAAUUUCUACUGUUUUCAAUAAUACAAUUCACAUACAUAGGUUUGAAAAUAAAAUCAUUUCAAAUUGAAUACCCAUUACAUCUAUUAAGUCUUUUUCACGAAAUUUAGAAAAUAUUCAAUAAAUAAUAUAACGAGUUCUGCAUUUAAUUCUAAAUUCGUGAAUUCCUAUACUAGUAUACCAACCAAUAUCGAAUAUAAUUAUGAGUACAAAAUCUAUAAAAGACUUCGAUGCAAGUCGAUUUUUAAAGCUUUGUAAGCAUUCAAAUUCAGAACUUCAAGCCCGACAACGCCAAUAUAGAAGGGUCUUAGAGGCGCGAUUGCCUAAUGUACGAAACAACCAUAUUCAGAUUGAGGCCUAUAAACAUGGGUGCCAGAGAAUGAAAGCCGAGAAAGAUUUGCUAAAAACAAAUAUUUGGAACGCGUCAGGAAAAUGCCAUGAGGUCAAAAAUGGUCAAGCGCUUACUUCUAUCAAAUGCUUCAUUGAUUGUAAUGUGACUCUCAAUGAGGAAGUUCAAAAAAUGAAGUUAUAUAUACACAAUCUUGAUCGUAAAUUGGGUGUAAUGAAUAAGGAUAUCUGUCAUAUGAAUAUGAUACAAUUCCAAAAGAGUCGAAAGGAUUUAGAAAUUGCCAAACGGUCACUGCGACUCUUGGAGGACCAAUAUGAAAAUCAGAUCCAGAUGGAAUGCAAGCUGACCGCAUUAAGUGAGAAGCUUCGUCUAAAUAUUUGUGAACUGAUAAACGAUCGUAGGCAAUAUUAUUCAUUUUACACAAAAUACAUACAACGAUUGACCAGCGAAAAUAAAUACCUUACGGACCUCAUUGAUUUUGCACUCGAUCAAAUUGAAAUUGGUAUCGAUAUGUAUGAGAAAUUAGAUAAUCAAAGUAAAAACUUUGUGCAUGAUUUGGAGAAACGAAAGGUUGAAAUGGAAACACUUCGACGUAUUAAAACUGCAAACGAAAAGAUGAUGGAAUUCCAAGAGAAGAAAUUUGUAAAACGAUCACUAACUGCCAUACCAUACAAGGAAAUUAAACGCCGUGAAAUUUGUCGACAAAAAUAUAUAAAGAAACUUAACCUCUACAACAAGAUUUUAAAGAAAAUUCUAAACUACACCAAAGCGUCAGAUAUUAAACAUGUCAUUGACAAAUUCCAAGAACAGGAAAGCCUUUAUUAUUCCUUCUCUAAUCACUCCAAUGAAAUCAGCUAUCGUAUAACACUAUUGAACAAUUCUGUGGCGCGUCUCUUCGGUGAACUACAGGACCUAAAGAUUGGCAAUCGAAGUGUGCUAAAAUCCCAAGCCGAGACAAUCGAGAAGUUAAAAAAUGUUCUGAAGACAAAGCGUUUGAAUAAUGCAAGUCUCAAAAAAAAGGCCGCCUCACAGGAUGAACGUAUCAAAAAAUUGUUCGAGGGAUUGCAAUUGAUUCGUGAUCAAACACUUGUAGAUAUAUCGCUGUUGGCAGACGAUUUCGACGAUCACAAGGAGAUCAACAUUAAGACUAUGCGCGAACAAAUGAAAUUAAUUGAGAAACGUAUACAGUCGUUAGUUUGUGCAAUAUACGCAAUCGAGCGGCAAAAAAAUCGUGGUGUCUUAACCACGGUAUAUCUUGUGAGAGAUCUAUACAAAGUAAUUGAGGCGCCGACGGAACUUGAUCAGAUAGUACCGGCUACACAAUGCGCUGAAUGUGCCGAGGGCGAUGCCAGAAAUGUGGACGAAGCAUGGAACAUUAGACUCAUGCCCCUUGAACAGCUAAAGGUCUGGGUGUCUGAAAAGGUUGGUCAACCCGAACUUCAAUACCGUUUGCAUAACGCCUAUCAAUGUCGUUUAAGUCGUUCACGUUCACGUAGACAAACUCUUAUACACAAUGCAUAAUAUGAAAUGACAUUAAAUUAAACAUAUAGAGUAGUUUAUAUAAAUCAAUUAAUCAAAAAUUAUGAAAAAAUAUUUUGAAUUAAGCCAACUAAAAUUGUAUAAACCAUUGUAUGAAUAAAAAAAAUUCCACAAGCACAGCACCUAUUUA